AUGUCCGAGCAUGAGGCCGUCUACGGCUUCUAUACCGGACGCGAGUUCGUCGAGUUCUCCGCCAAGCUGCACGGCGUGACCGCCGUCGCCGAGGCCGCCGACCUCGCCAUCGAGCGCGCGGGAAUGACCGAGGCGCAGGGCAGGAAGCUCGACGGCUACUCCCGGGGAAUGAGACAGCGAAUGAGACUCGCCGCGUCAUGGUGCAUCAGCCCGACGUGCUUCUCCUGGAUGAGCCGCUGA